UUAAAUUAAACAAUAACAAAUUUUAUGGUCAGUUGCCUUGGAAUUGGAGCGGCUAUCUGACCUUGACAGAGUUGAGGAUCUCGAACAAUAAUCUUUCCGGCAGAAUACCAGCUGGGCUUGGAGAGGUAUCUCGUCUGCAAAAACUUCAUCUCUCUUCAAAUCACUUGCAUGGAAAGAUCCCUAGAAGUUUGGGGAAGUUGACUUUGUUGCUUGAGCUUAACCUGGAUAGCAACGACCUGUCAGGCAAUAUACCAUCAGAAAUUGGUCAGAUGUCUAGACUUUUAAAUCUUAGUUUGUCGGCCAAUAAUCUUAGUGGCUCAAUUCCAGAACAAAUAGGCAAUUGCACACAAUUGCUGGAUUUAAACUUGAGCCAAAAUGCACUCAUCGAUAGUAUUCCUUCUCAAAUAGGCAAUCUUCCCUCACUUGCAACUCUGGAUCUCAGCCAAAACAUGCUGGAAUCCAAAUUGCCACCAGAGCUAGGUGAGAUGAAAAGCAUUGAGACAAUGAAUCUUUCGCAUAAUAGGAUAUCAGGUUUCAUCCCAAAAAGCUUUGAUCAUUGCUUCAGUUUGAUUUCCAUUGAUAUAUCCUACAAUCAAUUGGAAGGUCCUCUUCCCAACAUUAGUGCAUUUCAAAAAGCUCCAUUUGAUUCCCUGAGAAACAAUAAAGGUUUAUGUGGCAGUGUUACCGGAUUGAAACCUUGCUCUCAAUCAACUCAAAGGAACACUAGUAGAAGGACAACUAAAAGAAUGAUCUUUGUGGUUGUUGCUCCAAUACUAGCAACCACGUUUCUUUUGGUCGUGGUUGUAGGCAUCUUCAUUCUUGCAAGGUCACGUAAGAGAAGCGUGGAGAGUAAGCCUCAGGAAUUUACUAGAAAUAUGUUCACUGUCUGGAGCUUUGAUGGGAAAAUGGUCUAUGAGAACAUCAUUGAUGCAAUAGAGAAUUUUGACCCUAAGUAUUGCAUCGGAGCCGGAGGAUUUGGAAGUGUAUUUAGAGCAGAGUUGCCAAAUGGUCAAGUGGUUGCUGUCAAGAAACUUCAUGGAAUGGAUGAUGGUGCCUUGAGGAGACCAAAAGAUUUCACCAAUGAGAUCCGUGCACUAACAAAUAUAAGGCAUCGCAACAUCGUGAAGCUGUAUGGAUUCUGUUCACAUGUACAACACACUUUCUUGGUUUAUGAAUUCUUGGAAGGGGGAAGCUUGAUGCACCUGUUGACAAAUGAUGAAACAGCAACCAAGUUCGAAUGGAUCAAGAGGGUAAGUAUUGUUAAAGAUGUGGCAAAUGCAUUAUCUUACAUGCACCAGAAUUGUUCGCCUUCCAUAAUUCAUCGAGAUAUAUCUAGCAAAAAUAUUUUGUUAGACUCUGAGUAUCAAGCCCAUAUUUCUGAUUUUGGUACUGCAAGAAUCUUGAGGCCUGAUUCAUCUCAUUGGACUUCAUUUGCUGGAACUCAUGGAUAUGCUGCUCCAGAACUUGCUUAUACCAUGGAAGUAAAUGAAAAAUGUGAUGUUUAUAGUUUCGGAGUAUUAGCUUUAGAAGUGAUCAUGGGCAAGCAUCCAGGUGAUUUCAUAUUGUCAACAUUGUCGGCAUCAUCAUCUACUUCAGCAGUAUAUGGUGUACUGCUGAGAGAUAUUGUGGAUCCUCGACUAUUAUCUCCGAGUAAGCAAGAGUCAAAACAAGUGACCUUGGUGGCAAAGCUGGCAUUGUCAUGUAUAGAACCCAAUCCUCAAUUGAGGCCGACAAUGAAACAAGUGUGCGUCCAGCUGCUGAAAGAAAUACCAUCUCAAGUCAACAUAUUCCCAGUGGUUACAAUUGGACAACUUCUGGACCUAGAAAUAACAAAUGUUUGAGCUUCUCUGUGUAUGUAUCUUUCCUAUCCUCUAUCCAAAAUUCCAAAUUUUGUUGUUUGCAGCCAUAAAUUUGAUGUAAAUUUUACUUCAAUCUC